CGGUACCAAGCUGCCUCCCCUCUAUCACUGGCCACCUGCUUCUCCGAGAAUAUCUCAGCAGCAAAAAAAAAAAAAAAAGCAAAACCACAGCAAGGAGAUACUUGAUCCUAACCGGCGUCUCGUGCCAUCUCUUCACUAUCCACUCCCCUCCACCUCUCCUCUUGUGUCCUGUAGGAGGACGAGCUGCGCGCAGAGCGCACUUGGCGACAGGGAUUUGUUGUCGUUACAGGCAGAGGAGCGCUUAGCGCACGGAGCGAUCACUGGUUCGGCUCUCACCAAACCGGGCUGCCUCCUCAGAGGAACUACUUGCAUGGAUGCACCAUGGCCACGUUUGUCUGCAGGGUUCAAUUUUUAGAUGACACCGAUCCGUUCAACAGCACUAACUUUCCAGAACCGACAAGACCGCCGUUAUACACCUUCAGAGAGGAUAUCCCCCUCAUCAACCAGUUAGCAGGCAUCCACCGUCUCCUCAAAGCUCCACACAAGCUCGAUGACUGUGCACUUCAGCUCUCCCACAAUGGAAAUUAUCUGGAUCUGGAGUCUUCUCUGGCUGAGCAAAGGGAUGAGCUGGAGGGCUUUCAGCCGGAUGACACAGGGUCCAGGGGGAAGAAGCAUAGUGUUAUUUUACGCACCCAGCUGACUGUCCGUGUGCACGCCUGCAUUGAAAGACUAUAUAAUUCCAAUGGACGUGACUUGAGGAGGGCACUGUUCUCCUUAAAGCAGAUUUUUCAGGAUGACAAAGAUCUGGUCCAUGAGUUUGUGAUGGCUGAAGGUCUGACGUGUCUCAUCAAGGUGGGAGCAGAGGCUGACCAGAACUACCAGAACUACAUACUCAGAGCUCUGGGGCAGAUCAUGCUGUAUGUGGACGGGAUGAACGGAGUCAUUGGCCACCCCGAGACAAUCCAGUGGCUCUACACGCUUGUUGGCUCAAAGUUUCGUCUGGUGGUGAAAACGGCUCUGAAGCUGCUGCUGGUGUUUGUUGAGUACUCCGAGUCCAACGCGCCGCUGCUGAUUCAAGCCAUCUCCUCUGUGGAUUCAAAGAGAGGCUGCAAGUCAUGGUCCAACACCAUGGAGAUCUUGAAUGAGAAAGAUGGUGUAGACACUGAGCUGCUGGUUUAUGCCAUGACCCUCAUUAACAAGACGCUCGCAGCGCUUCCUGACCAGGACUCCUUCUAUGAUAUGGUGGAUGUUCUGGAGGAACAAGGCAUGGAUACCAUCUCCCAAAGACAUCUGGGGCGGAAAGGCACAGAUCUUGACUUGGUGGAGCAGCUCAACAUCUAUGAGAUGACCCUACGGCAUGAAGAUGGCGACGAUGACAGCCAACCUCCACCUAUGGGACGCCGGGACCGUCGACGAGCCAGCCUUGGGGGCAGCGACAAACAGCGUGGCCUGGAGAGGCGGCGGAGCCGCCGGGCUUCUCUUGGGCGAUCUGGUCACGCCUCCCCCUGCAGCCCUGCAUCCCCACAGAGAGCCGGCUUCCAGCCUUUCAGUGGACACAGAGCUGAGGACCUGAGUGAGAGCCCGGCUACACCCAUCGUUCACAGAGCAACCCUUCAGUCCAUCACCAUCACUUCCAGAAAGGAGUGUGUAAAAGAAGAUGAAAAGAAGAACCGGGCAGAACCACCACCUGCAGCCACCUCUUUGCCCUCCAUCCCCAUCCCCUCUUCUCCAGCAUCCUCCACUCUCAGCCCCCCAGCGCAGCCCUCUCUUCUGGCCACCCUGCUGGCCAGGAAAAGGUCCAUCGUCACCGUCCCGGCCACCAAGGAAGUCAGUCCGCCACUGCGCGGCACUUCACGUCCCUCCCCUGACCGCUUGCCCUACCUGCCCCACUCGCCCUUCCACCUUUUCUCAUACGACCUUGAGGAGGAGCCGUCAGCUUCGGCUCAGCCUAAAAGCAAUGAGGAGUCGUCCAAAACGCCAUCUCCCAGGAAUGGAAACCUUGUGUCCCAAUGCUCUCUCAGCACCCAGAGUACACCCACCAGUUCAAGGCCGCCUCUGGGUGGACUUCUGUCCUCUUCUUAUCGACAGCACCAGGAAUCUCUGGCCGCUGAGCGAGAGCGCCGCCGAGUGGAGCGAGAGGAGAGGCUGCAGAAGAUAGAAAGAGAGGAGAGAAACAAGCACAGCCGCGACUAUGUGGAUAAAAUGGAAGAGGCCAGGCUUGCGCGGGAGGAGAGGUAUAAGAACGUGGAGCGUUUGGCGGCAGAGGAAUACGAGAGAGAGCGCGUCCGGGGUUCAAGGACUCGCCCUGACCUCAACUUGGCCUUUGAGCCCUCGGAGGCCUGGCCCUCAUCAUCACGCAGCAGCACUCCAUCUUCCUUCGCCUCUCAGGAAGACGCAGAGGCCGAACUUCAAGCCGAGACCCCCGCCACAGCCUACACUCCCUCAGAAACAGGAGAAGCUGAUGACAGUGCCAGCAUAGAAACAGAGGAAAAAGAAGCAGAGGCCACAACUGAGGAAGAGGAAGAAGAGCAGAAAGAGGAGGAAGAGGAGGAAGUACAGGAGGAAGUGGCAGAAGAAAAAGAGGAGGAAGCCAAAGAGCCUGAGCAAGAACCAGAGAAGCAGAGAGAGGAGGAGGCAGAGGAGGAUAGUGGUAUCCUUAGCGACAAGGAGCGACAGAAUGAGGAGGUGAAUGAGAAGGACAACUGCUCGGCCUCCAGCAUCUCCUCUGCCAGCAGUACUCUGGAAAGAGAGGAGAGGGGGAGCGGUGAGAAUGGCUUUAAGGAGGGAGAAGUGAAUGAGAACUGCAACAAACUCCUCGACAGCAAACUCUUCAUGCUGGACAUGUUGUACUCCCAGAACAAGAAGCCCAGCGAUGAGGAGGAGGAAGAGGAAGACGUGGAGAAGGAGAAAGAGAAAGGAGAGGGGGAGGACAGAGAGACACAACAGGAUGAACAACCAGGUGAUGACCAGGAGAACAGCAACAAAGAUCAUUCAGAUCAUUGCAGGAGCAUCCGUCCGCUGGCCGAGCGGUUUGGAGACUUGAUCAAGGACCUCACCUCGCCCCACCCUCACUUGGACGAGCACCCGGCCAACGAGCCCCCUCCUCCGCCACCCAAAAAGGAGUCGGACACAAUCUGGGACCAGCUCCUGGCCAGCCCUCGAGAGCUGCGCAUCAGGGACAUCAACUUCACCGACCUGACAGAGGACGACGACAAGGACAUUCUGGACGCCGUUAUGAUGGGAGGGUGCAGCGACCUCCCUCCCCCACCUCCUCCUCCGCCCUGCAUCCCACGAUUUCCCCCACCCCCACCCAUGCUAGGUAGCUGCCCCCCACCCCCUCCUUUAUUUGGCAUCAUGAGGCCUCCACCGCCUCCUUCAGUCAGCGCUCCAGUGCCAGUUCCUCCUCCUGCGGAACCUCCUCUUUUCAACAAAAAGAAGAAGACGAUCAGACUCUUCUGGAGCGAGGUGCGUCCAACAGACUCACAAUACAGAGACUACAAACGGAGCGGAGACUCAUUCUGGUCCAAAGUGGACCCAGUAAAGUUGGACACCUCCAAACUGGAACACCUGUUUGAGACCAAGUCAAAGGAAAUAUCAGUUACAAAGAAAACAGCAGCAGAUGGCAAACGUCAAGAGAUCAUUGUUUUAGAUUCCAAGAGAAGUAACGCCAUCAACAUUGGUCUGACAGUCCUGCCUCCACCUCGAACCAUCAAGACAGCCAUCCUUAACUUCGAUGAGUAUGCUCUCAACAAAGAGGGCAUAGAGAAACUCCUGACGAUGAUCCCAACAGAGGAGGAGACACAGAAGAUCCAGGAGGCCCAGCUGGCCAACCCUGACGUCCCGCUGGGCUCUGCUGAGCAGUUUCUUCUCACUUUGUCCUCCAUCAGCGAGCUCUCUGCCAGGCUUCACCUCUGGGCCUUUAAAAUGGACUAUGAAGCAACAGAGAAGGAAGUGGCAGAGCCACUGCAGGAUCUGAAGGAGGGUAUGGAGCAGCUAGAGAAGAACAAAACCUUGCGCUACAUUCUCUCUACGCUGCUCUCCAUCGGAAAUUUCCUCAAUGGCAGCAACGCCAAAGGGUUCGAGCUGACGUAUUUGGAGAAGGUUCCAGAAGUAAAGGACACGGUCCAUAAGCAGUCUCUGCUCCAUCACGCCUGCUCUGCGGUAGUGGAAAACUUCCCUCAGAGCACUGACCUCUACUCUGAGAUAGGGGCCAUCACACGUUCUGCAAAAGUGGAUUUUGAUCAGCUGCAGGAGAACUUGUGUCAGAUGGAGCGGCGCUGCAAAGCCUCGUGGGACCACCUGAAGGUGAUCGCCAAGCAUGAGAUGAAGCCCCAGCUCAAGCAGAAGAUGUCUGACUUCCUCAAAGACUGUGCUGAAAGGAUCAUCAUCCUCAAGAUAGUUCACCGCAGGAUUAUAAACAGGUUCCAUUCAUUCCUGCUGUACCUGGGCCACCCGGCCUACAGCGUGAGAGAGAUCAGCGUCAACAGGUUCAGUAAAAUCAUCAGUGAGUUUGCGUUGGAGUACCGGACCACCAGAGACCGCGUGCUGCAGCAAAAGCAGAAACGAGCUGACCAUCGUGAACGAAACAAGACUCGGGGAAAGAUGAUCAUGGACGUGAACACUCCAUCUGAUGACGAAGAAGAGCGUGAGCAGUGUGGUCGGCACGGCUCUAGCAGCAGUAACAACGGCGCCCCUGGUGGCAGCCAGGAGAGCGAGCAGCCUCAGGGUCUGGGCCAUGCUGAGGAUGCAGCAGAGCACGAGCACAUGAAAGCGGUGCUGAGAACCAGCCUGACCGGCAGCGACAAGGAGAGCAGCGGAGUGCCGGGCCUUCGGACAAGGACCAGAUCACGGCCUGGACGAGGAGGUCGCACCAUGCAGGCAUGGACACCACCUGCAGAGGACACACAGACCUGUGGAGAUGAUGCUGCAGAUGAAAUCAUGGAGCGUAUAGUGAGAUCGGCCACACAGGGUCCAGGAACCAGAACGCAGCCCAGAGAGCGGAGGAGGUCCAGGGCCAACCGAAAAUCAUUGAGGCGGACUCUGAAAAAUGGCCUGACACCAGAAGAAGCUCUCGCUUUAGGGCUAACAGAUUCUCCAGACACAUAGAUGUGAUCAUCCGCCUCGCACCUGUCGUCACUGCUCUGGAAGCUCACCCGGAAAUGUCAGCGCGACAUCUUCUGUCAGCCUUUGCCACACUUCUAGAGAUGUAGUCCACUAGCCACAAACCUCUUCAGGCUUUUUUAUUUUGUUUUGUUUUUUUUCUUUUUCUUGCCAGCUGCUAAUCUUGACUGACGUUUCAGAGUAAAAGAUGCCGCCAACAUACUGGUCCUUUUUUUUAAAUCUGUUUUCUUUUGUGUUUAAGCAAGAAAAUCUUCCAGGGGAAACAGAAAAAGUCAAGAAAGAAUGUGUCUUGAAGCCUCUAAAUCAAACAUUUUUUUAUUUAUCCAAACACAUUUUAAAUGAAUCCAAAGGGAUAAUUUUUGCUUUAUUAAGCUGUGAAUUUUUUUGUUGUUCAAAAGGGCUAAAGAGGAAUUUUAGUUUGAGGAUCUCAAGCAACCACCAUCACCCCUGACCAAGAUGCUUACAGCAGUAAGCAUCAUAUGAAAACAUAACAGUUUGCUUUUGCAGUUGCACAUUCGAAAAGCUACGUGUGUUGUAGGGAAGUGAAAGGUUUUCAGUUUGUUGAGUGCCUUUCAUUUAAAAGGGACAAUGCGGUACCUUUUUUUUUUUUUUUUUAAACAAUUGCUCUCCUUGCCCUAAAAAUCCCAUCUUGCAAAUUGUCACAUCGCCGGGUGCAUUUCUAGCAAGCAUCAGAGCUGCAACGAUGAACUUUCUCAGUAUUUAUUUACAAAGCUCAGACAUCUCGCACCUUAACUGACAUUUAUAGUCUUUUACUAAAUGAACGACUGAUUGAAAUCACAGAAAUAGGAGGAAGUUUUUAUCUCAGAGGAACUUUUUGUAAAGUGUAAAAAGACAAAAAGUUAUGGACUUUUUUUAAAAAAAUAAAUGUAAAAAUCUAUCUUGAAGGACAUGUAGAGAACUCUGCAUAAAAUGUGUAAAUGCCCUCGUCAGCUGCCAGGUACAAAAUCUUGUUCUACAGUGUGCAUGUUUAGUGGAGUUGUGUAUUAUUUUUGUAGAAACUUGUAUUAUAGUCUGAGAGUUUUUUCUGUGAAUUUUAAUUAAAAGGCUUAAAGAAA